ACCGAGAGGCCGGGCUGUUAGAGCGGCACCAGAGGGGGCGGGCGCCUUGAGGCGCGGGAGAGGCUGGAGUAGCGGGCUCAAGGGGGGAUUGUAACCGUCGCCCGCCAGCCCGCCAGCCCGCCCGCGCAGACGUCUGCGUUCGGCACCCACCAGGCACCUUCUGCAUGCGCGCUCCAAGUCCUCGGCCCGAAGAAGGAAGAAGUGAGAGGACGGUGCUUCUGUCUGCUUGGUGCCAGAAUGGAGCUUCGUAAGCAGGGCGUGGUGAGCUGUCCCUGACAGAGUAAAGUCUCAACCAAGAAGCCGGCUGCCGCUGGCUGGGAGCCUUAGCCUUCCCUGGCUCCCAGGGUGGUUCCCACUUCCAAGGAGCAGCGAUGGAAAAGCCUGCAGGCAGGAAGAAGAAGACACAGGCCCCAAAGGAGGAGAGUGUGCAGAAGGCCGCUGUCAAAGGAGAGAAAGCCCCACGGGGGAAGAAGCCCAGCAAGAGGUCAGCCAAGCCCCGGAAGCCCCGCAAACAGACUGUCCUGAGCCCUGAAGACGAGGCACACAUCUUUGAUGCCUUUGACGCCUCCUUUAAAGAUGACUUUGAGGGUGUCCCUGUGUUUGUUCCUUUUCAGAGGAAGAAGCCCUACGAGUGUGGUGAAUGUGGCCGGAUCUUUAAACACAAAACAGACCACAUUCGCCACCAGAGAGUCCACACUGGAGAGAAGCCCUUCAAGUGUGACCAGUGCGGGAAGACCUUCAGACACAGCUCAGAUGUCACCAAACAUCUGAGAAUUCACACCGGUGAGAAGCCCUUUAAAUGUGGGGAGUGCGGAAAGGCCUUCAACUGUGGCUCCAAUCUUCUGAAACACCAGAAAAUGCACACUGGAGAGAAGCCGUAUGGCUGUGAGGAGUGUGGGAAAUCCUUCGCCUACAGCUCCUGCCUCAUCCGGCAUCGGAAGCGUCAUCCGAGGAAGAAGCACUGAGCAGGGCGGGCAGCCUCCAACUGCGGAUCUUUGUCAGAUGUCAGAUGUUGGUCUCGAUUUCCUCUGCAGUCAUCAAAAGGAAAAUCUGCCCGUCAGACAUGAGGGCCCACAGAGGCCUUCUGCCCCGUGAGUCUGCACUUGGUGGGAACACGGUGCUUCUGGGGGCUUCCUGCACCUCCAGCCAUUUUCCAGACUACUUCAUUCUACUCAGGACCGUCUUUGCAACAGCUUUGGGUCAUCGAGAACUUACAGCUAAAGAGACACCCCUGUUUGUGGUGAUAUAUUAUUGACGAUUAAAACUUGCCUGGGGAUUCAGAAAGCAAAGGCAGCCUCAAGCAUCAGGCAGUGAUGGUACACACCUUUUAUCCCAGGACUCAGGAUUAAGAGGUAGAUGGAUCUGAGUCCAAGACCACCCUGGGCUACCAGAGAGUGAAUCAGAGCUCAUACCUUUAAUCCCAGCAUUUUAGAGGUAUAAAAGGUAGAAGUUUUCAGUCGGAGAGUUAGUCUCUGGCCACGUUGAAGAGGACAUAGCAGUCUGAAUGAAUCUGAGGAGCUGUAAAGUCGGGAACAGUCUGAGUCGCCCCUUUGGUCUGAGCUGAGGUAGAGGUAAGAGCUAGUGGCCAACUGCUUUGCUUUUCCGAUCUUCAGCUUGAAGCUUGAACCCCAGCGUCUGUCUUGUCUCUGGGUCCUUUUCUGCUACACCUGCUGGCGAGGGCCACUGCCUCCCUCUGCUUCCUCUGCCUGCACCAUCCGCUAUGCAUGUCAGCUCUUUUGAAGGCUUCUGGCUCUGGAUACCCAGCCCCAUCCAGCCUUCUAGGGGCAAGGAGCCCUGAGGUGGAUGGCAGGCGGCACUCUGACCAGCUCUGAGGACCCAGGUCCCCUUGCUCAUCUCUGUGCAGCCUUCAGUGAUCCUGAAAUUCCUCUCCUCUGGCUGACCAGCAGUCUCUGAGCUCAGCGCAGUGCCUGAAACUGGACUGCACUGUUAUCCUUGUCCCAGCCACCAUCGUGACAAGUAGCCUGGACCCACCCAAGUGGCCUCAGUGGACGUCACCCUGUCGUAGUGGUAGAUUGUUUAGACUAGGUCUUGUGACUCCGGGGUGUCAGCAGCAGCUUCUGUCCGCUGUGCCGUCAGAAACAACUGCGGCCCUGCCCCAUGGCAGCCUGCCAUUCAGGACAGGGCCCACACACAGAAUGCCAUGUAGAAUGCCAAAUACUCACCUCAGGUUGGCCCUGGAAGACACCUGCAGCAGUGCCUGGGUGGCAGAGUCCAGUCAUCCCUCCAGCAGACAGGCGGCCAGUGCAGAUCUCCCCAGCAAGAAGCUCAGAGAAGUCAAGAUAGUCAGGUCUACUUCCACCACAGGGCCCUGCAGAUGCCCACUGGGCCAUGCACCAGGGAGGCUGUCAUCACAGAAUCCAUUGGCAACAGGGAAGCUGUAGGUGGAUGAGCUCAAGGAGGCCUUUUGAACGCCAUGUGGUAACUACAGGGCACUCUUGACUUGUGCCUACCCUGAAGUUAAGAUGGCCACGUCACAUCAUUCACAAGUGACCAUUAGUUCUAGCUCACUGGAAAGUCCCCAGCACCAGCUCUUUACUUCAGUGAAACAUGAUGAACAGCCACUUGGCUAAAAGUAAAUGUUCAGAACCUUCUAGAUGUCUUGAGAUGUAUCUUGGGGCAAUGAAGAGCACUCCAUCAAUGUGUUGGGAUUCCACUUACAGAAGCUUACUCAACUGCAGCCAGAGAUCCCUGAGAAGUCCAGGGCGGCUCCGUUCAUCAGCCCCUCAGCUGCCAGUGAGGAGAGCUUUGUCCUGCGGGAAGGGCUCUGAUCGCACAGCUGCUGCUGAGCCUCAGCGCAGACAGCCCUGCCAGGGCCUGAGGACGAGUAAAUGAACAUGAGCUCUGAGCUGCGCCAGCAUCCGUUCCUUCAGUCUCCUCCCAGCCAAGUGGAAAGUCAGGAGCCACCUCUAGGGAGAGGCACAAGUAGCCAUGGGCCCAGCAGUCCUUUGUCUUCUCUUGAGGAGACCAUUGGCUAGACUUGACUCUAGCUGGCAACUUCCGCCCCGGAAGGCUGUAGCUCCAGGGCACACCUGGGCUCCACUCCUUGACCUUGGAGCCAUCCCAGUUUGACAUCAAGACACAAUCAUUUUCUGUGCCCGUGAGUUAGGAUACCAAGAUGUCCUAAAGAGGAAGGCAGGCCCCGGGCGGGCCAGGCCCCAGGCGGGCCCUAGGAAGAAAAGCUAUGUACCCUGAUUCAAGGGACAGAUGCUCUGUGGCUUCUAGGGGAGAUUUGGGGGAAUAGGGUCACCUCGGGGGUGGACUCCAGGGACAGUGCAGACAAGGAGACUAACCUGUGUCCCACACGGGCCCUCCGGUCAGGAGGUGGCUCUCACUGUCAGCCUCCCCCUCCAGAACUUUGUGCCUGUGGAGUUGGGUGUUGGCUUUCUCCUGGUUCCCUCUCACGAAGACAAGUAGAUGCUCUCUCUGGACUCAAGUCUCCUGGGACUGAUGCUUUCAUGUGGCAGUUCCCAACCAACACCAGGGUGAGGCGUGGCCCUGCAGCCGGGUCUGCAGGCAUCUGGCUCUGGACCUGUAACAGGGGGCUCUUGGCCCCUGAGAACUGGUAGCACCCAGGUGGCCUGUCCACACCUCACCUCAGCCACAUCAACAAUUUGGCGGAACCUCAUCUUUUUUGUAUCUGGCUGGUGCAGAGACACCUGUGUGUCCUAAUGCCUUAUACGUACCCUGCCCUCCUGUGCUAAAUUGCAAUGAGUGAAUUCCUCUUUAAGGGCUGCAGCCAUAGCCUGUUGUGUUGUAGCAGAUGCUGUCCCGGACUGGUGUUUGUGUGUCACAAUUGUCAACUCUUCCUUCCAUGUAAAAUAUUCUUGGUGCUGUGACAGUGCUGUGCACGUUGGCCUAGACGUUGUUUGCUGUGCACUCAGUGGCUUCCUUCGUGUCUGACCCUCUGCUCCAUGGACGCCUGCACUGACCUCCACAUGGCCUUCCAGCUGCUGCCAUGGUUUUGUGAGCAGAAGCUGCUGCUACUGAUGUCUAUUUUCUCAUAAAAGCAAAUGUGUUUCCA